UGGAGAAGACAAGUCUCCAUCAACACCAAUACUUGUACCACCUUGCUCAUCAAAAACCCACUCGGCUACUGUCAAUUGCCCCUGAAAUUGCGCCACAAUUGCAUGUUAGUCUAGGUGACUUUUAGAGACUGCAGAGCCGCUUUGCUCUCGCUCUUGCAACCACUAGCCCAUCAUGGCAACUCCGUCCCUAUACCGUGAUAUCAAUGUUCACGCAUCAGCCUCGCACUACGCCUUUACCUCUCCCUCGUCGCCAUCAUCCCCGGCCCUCGUGGUUGAUCGCCCUUCUGGAGAUGUACACUUGAAUGACGGCGGUUCCCAGGGGGGUAGACGUAUUUCGAGCAUUGCUGGUAUUCUGGGAAUGAUCAAGUUGAGACUCGGUAUGGGCCCCGGCGCACAGUAUAAUGUGGCAUAGUAGGGCUGACACCCACGGCAGACAAAUAUAUAAUUGUUAUCAAGGAAGCCAAACCAGUGGGCAGAUUGAAGGGACAUAUAAUGUACAAAGUCAUCACUACGGAAUUCCUCCCCAUUCGAGAACGACCCCUCCACGAUCAAGAUGAAGAUACAUAUCUUUCACUACUCAAAACAUUCAUCAAAUCUGGACCACUUUACUUUUCAUACUCCUCCGAUAUCACCAACACCUUCCAAAGGAAAUGCAGCAUUGACAGUUCUCUGCCACUUUGGAAGCAGGCCGAUGAUCGAUUCUUUUGGAACAAAUUCAUUCAGUCGGAUCUGAUUGACUUCAGAACCUCAGGAGCCCGGAACCAGAAUGGCCAACAGCCAGGUGUGGACCCAUACAUUUUACCUGUCAUGUUUGGUAUGCUUGAAAUCGAGAACACCACUAUCAAGUCCACCCCGAUCACUUUUGCACUCGUUACACGACGAUCUCGCCAUCGAGCUGGUACUAGGUACUUUUCAAGAGGUAUUGAUGAGCAGGGAAAUGUUUCCAACUUCAACGAAACCGAGCAAAUCAUCGUUUUGAAUGAUAGCAACAGUGGGUUGGGUGGGUUUGCUGGAGGUGGUGGGAUGCAGAAUGGAAAAAUUGGUGGAUCCGGUGGGAAAGAGGCACAAGUCAUGUCUUACGUACAAACUCGAGGAAGUGUUCCCGUCUAUUGGACUGAAAUCAACACCCUUCACUACACGCCAAAAUUACAGGUCCGAGGGGUCGAGUCAGCUGUCGGAGCUGCGAGAAAACACUUCGAGGAACAAAUCCGGCUGUACGGGGACAACUAUCUUGUGAAUCUUGUGAACCAAAAGGGUCGGGAACAACGCGUCAAGAAAGCAUACGAGCAGUUGGUCAAAUAUCUUGUCUCUGGAAGUUCUGAAAGGAGCAAGCAAGACCAGGUAACCGAUGAGAAAUUCCGGAUCGUUGAGCCUAGUGUCCGUCAACAAGUCUUUGACCGUCUACACUAUGUUUACUUUGACUUUCAUAACGAGACCAAAGGACUAAAAUGGCAUCGUGCUCAACUACUUCUGGACCAGCUUAAUCAGGCACUUGAAAAACAACAAUAUUUCCGAGGUGUCGAUAUGCCUGCAUCAAGCGGACUUGAUGUUCGAACCCAACAGACGAGUGUCGUUCGUACCAACUGUAUGGACUGCUUAGACCGCACAAAUGUAGUACAAAGCAUGUUAGCCAGAUGGACUCUGAAUCGUCAACUCACCGACGCGGGUAUCCUUUCACAUGGUGAGAACUUUACGGGAGCAGAUCCAAAAUUUGAAUUUCUCUUCCGAAAGAUGUGGGCAGAUAACGCAGAUGUUGUUUCCAACUCCUACUCCGGAACUGGGGCUCUAAAAACAGAUUUUACCCGAACAGGACAACGAACCAAAGCGGGCGCUCUUCAAGAUCUUCAGAACUCCAUCACCAGAUAUGUUAAGAACAAUUUCUUGGAUGGACCAAAACAGGAUGCUUUUGACCUCUUCCUCGGAGCGUAUCUCCCUAACACAUCUUCAUACAUGGUAUUUGCGGAUCGGAGACCUCUUCUUAUCCAGAGCAUUCCUUACAUUCUCGCUUUCUGUUACUUUUUCGUCUUCGUUGGGACUUUUUCCAAGCGCCUUCCCGAUGCUGCGGUGUUUCCUGUGAGAAUAUUUAUUCUUUUCUGGAUGAUAGUUGGUGCUUAUUGCCUGAGUUUUAUUUAUACCAAUGGAAUGCUUUAUGUAAGUCCAUUUCAUUCGCUUCUUAUCCUUAUGCCAGUCUUGAUGCUAAUUCAUAUCACAGGUCAAUUGGCCAAAACUUAACCCAAGACCCUGGGCUGUAGAAGGCUACAAUGAGGCCAUAAUUAAUGCGAGGAAGGAUAAGGUCAUUGGUCCUUUUGUUGCAAGACACGAGCGGGGGAUAAGUUCGGUGAAAUACACUAAUGCAGAGGAGGGGAAGAAGAGGAUAGAAUAAGCAACGUACAUGCGGCUUUUCCACUCCUUAUGAGGGGCAGGAAAUGAG